UCCAGUUCAGUUUACACAAACGUCAAACUGGGAAAGGGAGACCGUGUUUGUCUCAUGAACAGUUUGAAGUGAUAGUACGCUAAAGCAAAGUAUAGUUUUACAUGUUGCAUAGGACUGUAUUUUAUGAUUAGUAACAUAACGAACCAUUAGACGUGUCCUCGAAUCGAGCCUAAUUAUAACCCGAGCUCGCUCGCGGUCAGUAACAGUAUCUCGUGAGCUGGACACAGCGCGCCCGGACUGGCCAUUGACAACUUCUCUGCGUCCACUGGAGAAAAACCGCACGAAACUUCAGAUUUCAAACACACUAAGGUUUCUCAUCUAUGCCUGUCCCUCCUCCACCUCCCCCAGCACCCCCACCCCCACCUCCACCUGCUUCAGCUCCUGCACAGUCACGGACAGACCCUCCUAUAGUGCAGCGUUCUCAAGGAGGAGGUCGCAAUGCGCUAUUGGGUGACAUUCAGAAGGGGGCGAGGCUGAAAAAGGUCACACAAGUCAACGAUCGAAGUGCCCCUGUACUUGACAAGCCUAAAGUGAGUGGUGUGGAUGAUAAUGGAAGACAUGGGGUUCCAAGCACAGCAGGUUCUGCUCCACCUACAAUGGGUCCAAGUCUGGGUGGACUGUUUGCUGGGGGAUUUCCUGUCCUCAAACCAGUUGGACAAAGAGACAAACGGCCACAGCACAACCCGGUGUCUCGUUCGGGUUCAUCCGCUAGCCUGAAACAGCCUCUUUGGAACCCUCCAUCACAAGGAGAUGGUUUUAGAGGAAGCGCCCCUGAUCUGUCCCCCUCCCACAAACCUUUGGAAAGAACCGCCUCUUUACCUAAAGCUCGGCCCCUUUCCUCAUACACGGCCCCGCCCUCCCCCAGCCAAACCGCACAUCCUGAUUUCAAACUGUUGUCCUCCACACCACCAUCUUCUGCUCCACCCCCUCCUCCUCAUUUUGGACCGCAAGUGCGACCAAGUCAUAAACCACCACCACUCCCCACCGGCCCGCCACCACCCCCGCCUCCUCAAAUGGCAAAACCCACUUGGUUACCUGUCCAAUCACACUCCAUUCCUAUGCCCACAACUCCGCCUCCUCCGCCGCCUCCUUCCAUCCCACCUUCCAUGCUCCCUGACAGAUCAUCAGGGGUCUUUUACCCUCCGCCCCCUCCACCUCCUCCGUCAAUACCUCCAUCCUCACUCCCCGACAGAUCAUCUGGGGUCUUCUAUCCUCCACCCCCUCCCUCGGUUCCUCCAUCCUCGGUCCCUAAACGGUCAUCUGGAGUUUUCUUUUCUCCACCUCCUUCUCCAGGCGUGUUAGAAAUGAAUAAAAGUCAUUUAGGCCCUCCACCUCCUCCUCUUCCUGCUUCUUUUUCGUCUAGCCACCCCUCCUCAGCACCACCCCCACCACCUCCAAAAGUCCCUCCCAUGCCCUCACCAGCAUACAGGCCCAUCGUACCACCUUUGCCGCCUUCUUAUCCGUGUACCGCCCCCAGCAGACGACCCCCUGCGGUGCCACGGAGUGCAGGUGCUCCACGGUUGGCUCCACCUCCUGUCCCACCAGCUCGAUCUCCUACCACUGAGCUUUCCAGUAGGAUCCCGCCUCCUCCUCCUCUUCCGCUGUCAGCCCCGCCCAGUUUAGUACGGAACGGACAUCUGUAUAGUUUAGAUGACUUUGAAUCAAAGUUUCAUUUCCAUCCUAUUGAGGACUUCCCUCCUCCUGAAGAGUUCAGGCCCUUCCCACGUAUCUACCCCAGCAAAGAGAACAGAGUCAACCCGCAACCUCCUGCCACGAGGACUCAUUUAAGAUGAAAUGUGACAAUACCAUUUUUGGUGCUAACUUUUACCAGGACAUUUCUGAUUCAACAUCCCAUCAUCAGGGCAGAACAGCAGCUUAAAAUUGGUUGUAUCAACUCAACUAAAAACCAUCUUUUUAUGUAAAAUGAACAUGAACUUGUUUCACCUUUUUGUUUUGUUUGUAAUAUUGUAGGAGUUUCAGUAACAAAUGUUUUUAAAUAAUUUUGCUUUUCAUAGCUGACCAAAUUAAAUUAGUCGCCUAGAAUUUUUUUUACGUAACAGUUACUAACUAGUAACAGAGUUGAAAUAAGAAAAAUAAGAAAAGGUGGCUCAAAAAAAUAAGGUUAAAGAGCAGCAAAAGUAAAGCUCAAGAGUGUUGAGUAAAUACAAGAUCUGAGAAGUCUGACAUUAUUUUUUUCAAAAGGAAAGAAAGCAAACCAAUACGUGUAAAAUCUCGGAAUCUGUAUGAAAUGAACUGAAUCUGGUGUACUUUUCUUUGUAAAUGGUAAAUGAAAGAUUGCUGAAACUAACAAGUGUGCUUUUUAAUAUCAUUAAAAAAAAAUUAU